CGAACAACAUGAAAAGAUUAGACUAGAAAGGGCGAAGACUAAUUAAAAAGCCGUGCAAAAAGUAUAUGUCUUCACGUAUCCUCUAGAGUCUUAGCCCUUCCAGCAAUAUGUCUUCACACGAAGAGGAGGCCUUUGAUCCUGCGCGGAUCGCGGCACAGGCCUCCACCAUCGGACAGCGGGAUGUCGCUGUUUCCGGUGUCGGGCCCUUGGUGGCUCGUCCAGGGAAAGGCAAUGGUGGUUGGACUGGUGACUCACCACCGUCACACUCAAAGACAAAGGGAAAACGUGUUCCGGCUGCAGUUCCGCACACUGCACGAGGACUGUCUGCCGAGCUUCAUCGCAACUUGGAGUCGAGACAAAAGAAGGAUGAGGUGUUAGACAUCGAUGAGCUGGUGAUCGAAGACCUAGGCUUCGAUUCAGAUACUGACCCCAAGCCUUUCCGAGGCAUCUUUGGGCCGAUACUGACCAGCGGAGCAAAGCUCUUUCCAGGAGUGGUGAACACGAGUACGCCAAAACUGAAAAAGAACAGCUUCGUCGUCAACAGUGGGAGAGAAGAACCAACAGCCAAUACCCGUUUAAGAUGCUCUACUCGUCAAGUUGCCUCCAUUCAAGGUCAUCCUUGGCGCCUGUAUUUCCAAGUAGGAUUAAAAAGUAGGAAGCGAAGCCAAGGAUCGAUACUCUCAGAGAUUUACACACGCGGUCGCUCUAACUCGUGGUGGAGGAGCCAGGAAACAAGCAUCCUACUGGACAGAAGUGCGGGUAUUGCGCGAUGACGGCCGCCUCUUUGAGGAUCGCUACGACGCGCGGUCAACGUCUUAUCUUGAGGCAACCUUUUAUCACAUUCACAGAUCACGGAAUUCUGGUAUUCGCUUCUGUAUUGAUAGUGAACUUGGAGAAGAAACUAUGUGAGUGUCGAUAACCUCAAAGCCGUUGGGGAGUCGAGUUAGUCGUGGCGUAGAUGAUGGCCCCUUCUAAUUAUCGAGAACCAUUGGAGGAUGCCAUGUUUUCGUGGCAGCGGAAUCCCAAUGCGGCCUUGGACGAUCCAAGUAUGAAUGCAGUGCAGGCAGGGGUUCUAGAGCAGUACGCAGUAUUGGAGAUUGUUUUAUCGGAGGUUCGCGAUUACUUACCAAGUCGGAAGAAGCGCCCUCCGAUUACUGGAGAAGGAGGAGUGGGAGGGACAAAUCAAGUCAGUCCUGCAGAACCUUCUGAGAACUACGUGCGGAGCUUCAAAACUUCACCACCUGAGGCCGCUGCUCCGGGAGUUGCGCCGGUCUAUCUCGACGCUGAGGGAAAUGAGAUUCAAGCGGAGAGAGACGGACAAGCUACUGACGCGGCGGACACAAGAGCGAGUGUUCCAGACCCUGACUCCCUGUUAGGCGCAACAACUCGGGUUGUGACAGAUACAGCGCAAAUUCUCCCCCGACAACGCUCCAGCCGCUUUUUGCUGCUCUGUUCGGGACAACUUAUACGGAAACGUGCGAGGAUCAUGGACAGUACAUCACUGUAGAUCGACUAACACCCGCCUCCCGGCUGAAUAAUUCCUUUUUCGUAGACGUACAUACAGCAAAUUUACGGGGAUUAUCAUUUUGUUUGUACCAGAUAUCCUUUUUGUCAGAUAGCUGCAGAACGGCGGAAGACACUAGUGCCUCUGCGUCCGCGGCGCUCGCGGAUUUUAAGCGGCUGUUCACGCAGGAACUGGAUUUGAAUGGGAGUGGCGUCCUCAGCAAAGGCGAAUUGCGACUGCUCUUGUACGAUUUGCGACUAGACGACGAGGAAUUCGCGCGAGUGUUUGAUAAAAUCGACGUCCGACGAGAUAAUUGUGUAACGUUGGACGAGUUGCUGUUCCGCGUAGGCGGCGAGUAUCUACGCGCAGUGCAAAGGCCUCUCCCUGGUGGUGAAGUUGUUGGGGCGAGUGCUCAACAGGAUACUGGAAAUACAGGAGAAGAAGAAGGCGAAGGCGGCGCCACGACUAACGCCAUCCCGGACGCUGUUGGUAUCUACAAGUACCGUGCUAAUCUGGGAAGGCACAUAGUAGAACAAUGGGCUUUGCAACUCCUCGAUCGCUGCCCGGAUCAGGUGGCUGUGGCGGUGCCGUCAGCUGCACAGAAACAGCAUCAGUUUGAUGAUUCGGAGAGGUGCUUGGAGUUUGGAGUCGUGAUAUCGUAUUUGCUAACGCUGUUUUUUAUUUAAGGCUUCCCCUAAUCCAUCUCACGAAGCAUCUUAAACCUGUCCCGUAAGGGCAAAACAGAUCCGAGAUGCAUCCCGAGAUGGAUUGGGGGUGAGCUCUAAUUUAUUGUGCUCAUUUUCAUAGACGGUAGCUGGGGGUGGAUCUUUUUGGUCGUUAUUGCAGGAAUGUUCUACUGGGGUUUGGCAGACCAGUUUCGUUUUCAAGAAGCUCUGGGGUCGGACCCUCUAGUUGGGUUACAAGCUGUGGUCGAACGCAUCGAGAAAUGCCACCAAGCGAACCCUUUGUACAAGUGGCAGAUUCAGUGUUACCACACCGUAACAACGGGAUCGGGGAAAAACAAGGUACUUGAUUCAUGAUUUCACAUGUUGCUUGAAAUAGAUUGAAUAUUGAUCAUAUUUUUUAGUCGACCCUCUAAUUCCGUAAGACUGUGUCUGUGACCUGUCGGGUGACGCAAAAGUUAGUCUGAGAAGAAGUAUAUAUAUAAGAAAAAUUGGUUGCCUCGUCGACCUUAAAUCAGUCUUAUCUUUCUUUCUUCUGCGUCUUAUCAUACAGAGGACGAGACGUGUAAAUACGCACUCUGCGCAACGUGGUGGGAAGCUCCUUGGCCCUGACGUGUCGGAGAAAUUUGCUCCCGAGAUGCACGCCGAAUUUCCCUUGACACGUAUGAAAACCGAUCUACGGCUGGACUUGGGGAAAACGUCAUACGUACAGGAUUUUGAUGCGUGGGUCAAAGAUAACUGGAAGGAUGCCCAAGCAGAUUUUUCCAGAAAUGUUAAGGCAACCAACUAGAGAGCAUCCCCUCAGAUUAUGAUUUUUGGCGGCUUUUUCAAGGGGAAAAUGAAGGCUUCACCAAGGAUCAUGUGAUUCCCAUAGAGGAAGAUGCGACGCGGUAGCUCUAAAAAUGAGAGUCUCGGCGAUAUUCAGCGAGAUUUCAUUGCAGAAUGGGUG